AUGGAGUCACUCGAAGUGACUACACACGAUCCCUAUUUAAAUAUUCUAACAGUUUCAUCAGCUGUUUCAUCUGUGCUUUCGAUCAUUGGGUCCUUUUACAUUAUUGGUCGUUAUUGGUAUGCACGUCGAUUUACAGCCAAAUCGCAUUAUCUCGAUGUUACAAAGGAAUUGAUACAUAUUAUUGCCUGUUUGGAUCUAUUUGGUGCUAUAGGACGUGCAUUUGGUGUCCUACCAACUGAGACAUUUGAUCAAGAUGCAGGAGAAGCCGUGACAUCCGUUUGUAAGCUUCAAGCCUUUGUCGUCACUUUUGGAGAUGGAGCCCCAAUUGCUUGGAAUUUUAUAAUGGCUCUUAAUUUAUACCGUUGGGUAUGUAUGGGUGAAGAUCAACAAAUGCUCAUGAAAAAAAUUAAAUGGUAUAUUGGUGGUACAAUGCUCUUUGCUCUUGGCAUUCCCACCAUUUGCCUCAUUUUUGACAAAUUUGGAGAUGCAGGGCUGUGGUGUUGGGUCGUUGUAAAAAACAACAGAUCUGAAAAACUUUGGUGGAUGGCUGGGACACUUUACUUUUGGGUCGUUGCAGGUGGCGUCUCUAUGACUGUUUUUCUCUUGUUGGUCAAGAUAAAUAUUAAAAAGAGGCUCAAGACAUUUGAAAAUGAUGAUGCUAAUGACGCCUAUUAUGCUGUUGUGCAAAACCUCACGGUCUACAUUACAAGCUUCAUCUUGUGCUGGUUACCGGCCGUGGUCGAUCGUGCCUAUGCUAUUGCCACAGGCAAGAAGUCAUUUGCACUGAACUUUUUGCAUGCAACCAUUGUGCCACUUCAGGGCUUUGUUAACGCGGUCAUUUAUGGCAAGUUUCAUGUUUGGGUAGUGCGUCAUGUACGGGAGCCGUGGGUGAGCAAGAGCAGCUCGCACACGAAGAACAGCAAGCUGUCGGAAGAGUUGUUGCGACAAUUGGCACAAUUGCGGGACCAGGAGCGACAACACAUGGGCACAGCGACCAUCUUUGUCACCACUUUCGAUAUGAAUUGGACCUCGUGUCCAACCAAUUUGGAGGACUGGAUCCCGGCAGGAAAAGAUCUGUAUGUUUUUUCUCUCCAACACUGCGUGGAAGUGCAAGCGAUUGAGCAGGUGAUUCGAGGAUACCUCCUUCAGGUGAAUUAUCCUACUGCCUACCGAUCCAUUACAUCGAUUGCAGGAACGGCUGUGCGAGGUCAUGUUCAAGAUGCGUCGGUAUGUCAAAUCGUUUUUGUAAAUAAUGCUGAUGACGCUAGCGGCAACGUGAAGCUUGACGCUGUGGAUGGACGAAUCUGGGCUCAGCGAAAGACAUUUAACGAGGUUGUGGGCAUUCCCAUUCGGUACUUUGAUGCGUCCAUCGCAUUUGUUUCGUGCAAUCUCAGCACUUCACUCACCAACAUGUCGCAGCGACUUCGUCAACCUGUGGUAGGCAAUGUGGCUGAGAAGCAUGCAGUCGCAUCGAGCCUCAUCCACUCGUUCGGCAUGGACGCAGACCGUGCGGCAGUGGACUUUCCGAAUUUGUACCAUCAUACGAUAAUUUCUGGAAAUUUGAAUUACGAUGUCGAUAUGUCGACCAUUACACUCACUGCAGCAAUUGAGCAAGCGUAUAAAGCUGCGUCUUUAAAGAUAGCGACGGAUACCGCGAUUGAUGCACAGAUUAGGGCAAUGCGCAAAUUGAAGAUCUCAACUACAAUGAAGAAAUCCAAUGCCCAGCUUGACGGCUUGAAUAUGGAAGAAAGCCGCCAGGAAUGUGGACGGAGUUUUCAGCGAAGCAGUACCGGAGCUUCGUCGUCAGCAAGCGGCGACGUUACUUAUGAAGAAGCCUACACUUUUCGUGAAGACGACGUUUCAUUUACGGUGCUGAAGUCGCCAAAUUUCUCUCCACGGCGACCGAGUUUGCAAACACCAUUCUUGGACGAGCGAGAUUCAAACAGUUUGGCGAUAACCAUCCACGAAAAUGCUCAAGAAGUUGAUGAAUACAAGACACAUAGACCGACCAAUUGGGUCUCUUUCUUGGACAAUCAACUACCGACAAACGCUUUUAAAGGUAGCAAAAGCUUAUCUAGUUUAGCUAGCAAGCCCCGUGCACCUGAUCAUCUGGCAUUGGGUGGCCACUUUCCACCACGAAGCCAGAAGAAGAUCCGGGAUCUUAUCGCGAAAUCGGAUCUUGUCUCCGAAAACACGGCUCGCAAGUGGCUUGAAGUCCUUCGUUACGACGAGCUGCGUGCAUCGAUCGACGCGAAGGAAAUUUUUACGGGGUUUGAAGAGCCUCCUAUCCAUUUUCUGCCAUCUUUUCCGCGUAAGAUUGGCGUGGCUGCUUCCUUCUCUAUGGUCGGCGAGGCUUCAUGCAAGGAACUGUUUUGUGAGGCUGACGAGGAAACGUUUGUGGGCGAUUCUCCGCCAGCGUACAAAGACCGCAUCCUGGCACACUCUCUCUGUGAUACAAAGCAGCGGAUCCGUAAUGUAGGCUAUUGGUCUUGUGAGAAUAUUAUCACGUCUACUCACAAGCCUGUCUGCAGCAUCUACGAGCUCGAAAUCGAUCGUUACUUUUCGUAUAACAUGGAUGAAGCUGCAGUUGCAGAUUUACGGGCAGGCAAUCAUGGUUUACGCGACAAAAAGGACGUGCGCGAAUUUAAGAUCAAAUUGGUAAAGCUGGAUGCGAAUAUCUGGACGUAUGAGGAACGUCACAGUUCCUGUUUGCACUCCAACGGGCAUCGUUGGCGCAGCCUCGGAUCAAAUCGUUCAAGUACCCGAGUACAUGGUAGGCCGAAUAGUCGUGGUGCAGUCAAUUCAACGAGCACAAACAACAGCGGUGAGUCUUCUAGGCGAAGUGCUCAGAUAUUGACGAACCGACGAAUGUCGUCUAUAGCUCAAGUGGUCGAGCGUGUACUGCGGAAGAGUCGACUGUGCUCUGGUACCAGUAGUACGAGCUCGAGGACACCACCACCUAGCAAGUACUCAGAUUUCACAACUGAGCCAGGUGGAGUACAGCCUUUGGCUAUGGCCAACGACCGCCUCUCCAUUCUCGCAGCUUCUCAACUUGAGCUUAUACCUGUGGAACCCGUGAGCAUCUCGACCAUCUUUCCUCUACCAUCAGAGGAUGUCUAUGCUCUUCAGCGUAAAGUGUACGAGGUCGCGCAUUUGGUGCAGAACGGCUUUCAGUCCAGCGCUCGUGUAGACGACGAUGAGGAAUCUCAGUUGGCUUACACUAACUUUCGCACGGUAGCAUGGAAGAAGGCAAUGUCCAAUGGCGUGACACACUCGGCCAUUAUUAAGCCAGUAAACGGAGGAGUGCACGUUGCGAUCAGCAUUGAAGCCGAGAAGGGCCACGGUGGUCAAGGCGUAUUGUGCCUUAAAGAGUCUGACUUGUUGGAGCAUGCGGCGCCUGUGCUUUGCGAUGCUAGGCCAAUUCCAUUUGAUGUGACUUUAACAUGGGGAGGCAAGCAUGUGGGCUACCUCCACGGUGAUGUAUUGUGCUCUACGUAG